CACAUCUCUGCAUUCACAAUGUGGAUGUUCUCAAAGGAUGGCGGACCAAAUGCAAGACUUUGUCCCAGCAGAGGUCCACCAGAGUCUGGUGCAGAAGUACAACGAGCUGUAUAAACUGUACAAGACGUUGUCUGCGGAGCAUGCGAAAUGCGAGCCUCAUAUCAAGAAAGCGAACGACCAGUACACGGCCGCCAAAACAAGUGCGCGGGAAUGGACCAAGUACCUGGAGUCAAAGGGUUACAUUCCCAAGAAGGACGUCUCCCCAGCGAGAACGUCAAGUCCGAGGAAGGUGCCGAAUGAUGAGUCUGCAAAGGGAGUGACUUCGAGUCAGACUACCGAGGGUGAACUGGCCGAUUUCGAACCAGAGGAUGCUGCAGCUGUUAGCGACGACGAACCAGAGAUUGUCUCUGAGCGAACUAUCAAGCGAAGGAAGCCCAAUCCACCCACGGAGAUGCCACAAGCGGUCAAAAUCAAGCUCGAGCCUGCAUCACCCAGCCGUCCCAUUCUUGUAAACUCGGAAGGCAACUCGAGUCCCGUUCGCGAACAACGAAAGCCCGUUCGCGUGGAGACUUCGGAUCUGGAUGCGAUCAAGGGUCAAAUGCGAACGCCUCGCAAGCGGAGACCAAGUCGAGCACAGUCCGAGGAAACUACACGACCGCCUAUACUACUGCCCAACACCUCCUCUCUUUCCGAAAGCAACCUGGCGGAUCUCUGCGAUGAUCACGACGCAGCGGUCACGAAAUCGGCAAUCAGCGAUGAGGGCACCGCCAUAGCACGGCGUGACUUUGCUCGCCGUACUGGUUCUAACUUCGCUGGUGAACAAGUCUUACGACAACGCGAUCCUAACAUUGCGAAUGGGCCGCGGAAGGAUGACGACCGGACCAGAACUAUGAAUAAGCGGAAGCGCGAGAGCCGGCGCACGGGCAUUCUUUCCGAAGAUGGCGAUGAUCAUUCGAGCCAGGUCGUGCUUGAGGCCCCCCAAAUCAAGACAGAGACCAGCGCCGACCGACGUCUUGACGUCCUUCUUGACGAUGCUUUACCCGAGAAACAGCCAUUACAACCAGCCAAGACCAACACGAAACCUCUGCAGCGUUCAAAACCCUCCCCAGUACCGGCAGGACUCACGUCUGCCACCGCAAGGACACCACCAGUUCGUCAACCGAACACUACACCCAAAAUCCCACACAAGGCUACACCACGACCCCCCUCCCCCAAAGCCAGCGGACCGCCCCUCCGCUCCCGCUCCCCCAGCCGUCUCCGCUUGGAAGACUUCAAAAUCAACCCCAACUACCUAGGCGCAGCCCACGCCUUCGCAGACCCCAUCCGCGGCCGCGAACAACGCCGCUGCCUCCCCGGCUGCAUGCGGCCCGAAUGCUGCGGCGCCGCCUUCCGCAGCCUCGCCGAGCUCGGCGCCCUGCGCGACUCCAAAACCGACGUGCAAGUGCUGGAAGAGUACCUCGGCCCGGAGUUUGCGAGCAUCAUGGGGGCGUACGGGCCGGAGAAGCGGCGGGAGCUGCUGGUGCAGGCGCGGGCGUUUGCGCUCGCGAAUGCGCAUGGGAAGCAUCGGAAUGCUUUUGAGAGGCGCGCUACGCCGCCCGGGUUUUGGCGGACGGAUAUGCCGAGUACGCAGGAGGAGGAGGAGGAUCGGAGGCGGGCGGCGGAGUUGGAGCAGAAGCAGGUGGAGGAGAGGUGGGCUGAAGCGUUGCGGGGGGGGAGGUGGAUGUUUAGGGAUGAGUAGGGUGGUGGUGUUGCUGAUUGGCAGAGAAGAAACGUGGGCGGCAUGGCUACUGUCGAGCGUGCAGGUACGGAUUCAUUUAAUGUGAUGGCAGCGUCAUCCAUACAGGUUCAACUAUUAAUGACAUGGAGCCCGAGUCUUGUUGGAAGACAGUAAAAUAAUCCUCGUGUAACCCUCUGGGUAUCC